ACGAUUCUAUUUAACAUCAGUAUGAGCAGUACUACACCCGGGCAACGUCAAUCUUAUCAGCAGCAACAACAACAGUUGGGGUCAUCAGAGCGGGAGGAGGGUUCGUCAAAUGAUGGAGGAAUCCACGUCAAGAGGGAGAGUCACGAGAGUGACGUUAGAGGGCGACGAGUUGCCUCUGCAGGCGAUAGAGGAUCGGCUGCCCAAGCUCCGACCGAAAGAGGCCAUCGACGUCGGGCCGAGUUACCAGAGACUAUCAGGACUUUCCUCAAUCGGCCUGAUGAGGUUGCAAGGGAUGAUGUUAGAACGAUCAUCAAUAAUUUUGAGAAGACCCAACUGGUAGAGCUCCUUGCCCAUGCUUCCACUCUAAGCAAGGAAGUGCGGGAUGCCUUAAGGGCAGUGGUAGGGAGUAAUGCGACCUUCAGAAGGCUACUGGUCCGGAAUAUAAGUUUUCAAAGCUCGAGUGAUACUGUCAAAAAUGCCCUGGGUAAAUUUGGUAUAAUUGAGGAGGGUACGGUCGUAUAUGAUCGACAUACUGGGAGGAGUAAGGGUUUUGCAUUUGUUACAUUUGAACGAGUUGAAAGUGCAUGUGAGGCAGUUAGCUGUUCUAACCAAGGAAAAAUUUAUCUCGAUGGUCGGCAAUUAAUCCUCAAGUUUGCUGCUGAUAAGAUCGAUCAUGACCAACAGAUGGGAGUUGUUCAAGCUACUCAUAGUGGUAGCGAGAGGGAUAAGUCAGCUGAGAUUUCUGUGUCCACUAUGGGAGGUGGUGGUCGGACCGCAGUAGUGCGGGCCUCAGCUGAUGAUACUGGGAAUAAGAGUGGAACGUAUUCAAAUCAAAGCAUGCGUAAAUUAUUUGUCUAUAAUCUAGCACCGUAUACUACAUCUGUGACCUUGAGGGUAAGAUGUUGCCAUAAUCAGUAG